CAGCGUGCCCAGCAGGAGAAAGAACUGGUACAUGCAAACACCAUGACGGAUCUCGCAGCCACAGAGCUGCAGGAACAGGAAGACUUUAUCGCAGCACAGCGUGCCCAGCAGGAGAAAGAACUGGUACAUGCAAACACCAUGACAGAUCUCGAAGUUACACAGAUAUAUAAAAUGGAAAAGUUAGGUUCAGCCCAGCGUGCACAGCAAGAGGAAGAACCUGGAGGUUUGAGUGUAUUUAAUUCUAGGAACGGCGUUGUAGAAGUAGAUGCUGGAAUGUCGUUUCCUAAUACACUUCAAGUUAUUUGCUCUUCUUUGUCUUCUGUUUCUUUGCCUGGUGUGCUUGAUGUUAAGAUUCAUCAAUCUCUUCAAACUGUUAUUGAAACCCUUUCUACAGUAAAUGAAGAUUUGUUGAAUCAGAACCCAAUGUAUGUAUUGGAAUCUGUUGAUCCCCAGUGGGGCCAUGCGAUUGAAAGUGGUGUACCGCCGGAGAAGAUUUUUCCAAGUGAUGUCUUGUUUUAUACUCUUCUCACUGCUCGUAAUGUUCUUGUACCUUAUGUGAAUAACUACAGUAGUAUUUGUAGUAGUAAUGGUAAUAGUAAGAGUGAGGAAGAGGAAACUGCUGCUUGCCAUGAAAAUGACGAUAUAAUUCUUCUUGCUUUGAAAGUAUUGCGAGAUAUUGCGAGAGGGAAAAGUGUUGGGGCUCUUUCACGGCUUACACGUGAGGAUGUCGUACAGGCUAUUGAUGUUGUACAAGACACUUUCAGGAGAAGUGUAAUAGAACCGAAAGAGAGUGAUGUACUUGUGUUGAAUACCAGUGAUAGUUUUAAUGAUUCUGUCACUGUGUGUGAUCACACGAAAGCAGAAGUGGCCGCAGCCUGUGAUGUACUCAGUAUGGCACUUGUGCAAACUGUUGAAGCUGUGGGAAUUGAGAUGUUGACAUUACUUCGUAAACGAGUCCAUGGUGGAGUGACCUUGCGUGAAUUGGCAUUGGCGUGUUGUAUUGUGCAGGAACAAUUAUCAUCUAUUGUAUAUACAGAACCAUUACACAAAUUAUUGCCACAUCAUGCGGCCCGCUGUGCAGUAGAGAUAAUGGGAAGUAUUAUACAUGUUCUUGGAACUACCUAUAAAGGUGAAGAACAUAAUGAAAUAGAAAUAAAAGCCGAAACAUUAAAUCUCUUAUGUAGUGAAGGUAUGAAAUCUGCAUUACAGAUAUUACGUACUUCUGUAAUGGAUGAAAAUGCAUCGAAUGUCGAUCUUCUUGCGGUUUAUUACUGUGAAGAAGUGCGAGAAGCGACGGUUGUCUUGCAUCGUGCAGUGGAAGCCGUACAGACAGAAAGUCUGAGAAAUUCAGAGGAUAUGAAUGUUAAUGAUAAUGAUAACAAUGAAGAUGAUAAUAGUAGUAGUUCAGGAAGAAGAAAGGGAAUAAUUACAAAAAGAGAUCUCUUGCGGAAUAAGGGAAAGGACAAUAAAUGCAGUAAACCUCGCGAAUUGCAAGGUGAUACACACUCUGUUGUGAAGGCAUUAAGAACAUACUCGGUGGUGUUGAAUGAUGUGUAUAGAGAUAGUGAGAUCACAGCAUCUCUCUAUACACCAGCAGUGUUAUCUGCAGUGAAUCUACUACUGCAAGUACUCUACAGUGCGGUGGAUAUACACAACACCGCCUCUGAAAAUACACCGUUGUUAGCGAGAAAUAACAUGCCUCUAUUACAAUUACUGCAGAAUGCACGUACGAAUACUGAAGUUAUUCUUCAACGUGUCUCAUUGGACUCUCAAGAGGAACAGCAACAAGCAGAAGAGGAACAACACGACCAACAACAACAAGAAGAACAAGUAGAAAAAGAUCAGGAAGAACAAGCAGCAGUUGAAGAAGAACAAGAACAACAAGAAGAAGUAAAUGAGAAUAUGGAUAUGCCAACAAAGGAUGAUACGGCAUCCCCAAGUAUACAAACACUAACAAAGACAAAUGUAUUGACUGGAGUUCAUUAUAUUAAGCAGAAACGGUCCGAGUUCCUCGCAAAGAAAAAACGACGUGUAACGCCAGACAUUCAACUGGUGGAUUCUAUAAACCCGAAAAGUAAAACAUGUGAAGUACCAUUAACUGCUGGGAAUUCUCCUGAUCACGGUGAAGUUCACACACCUGCAGUGACAGAGAUGUUAAGCCGCACACCCUCAACGAAACCACGCUCGAUUGAACCGGUAGCUUCAGCACCAAAUACUCCAGAAGAAGGACAACAACAAGAAGAAAAAGUAAAAGAGACUGAACAAAUUGUAGAGAAAACGAUCAAAAUGAUUACUUCUAUACGACCCAUUAUGAAAGAUGCUUCUGUCAUGACAUGUGAAUUAGAAGGAUCUAUCUUUCCCAAUGAUAACGUUAAGCAUCAACUUGAGACCCAUGAUGGUGUGGUUCAAACAGAUGAGUCUGCAGCUGAUCUCGCAGUAUAUACGCAAUUCUUUCUAGAUACGAAGGCUAUAUUAGGAAAAGAAAAAGAAAUAAGUGAUGCAGCAGAGUUACUUUCUAUCAUGACAGAUAUGCAACAAAAAAUAGAUUUUCUACAAAACGUUCAAGAACCUACACUAAAGAAAAAAAUGGAAAAACAGGAAUGUGAGUUAAAGACUAUGUAUGCUACAGUAAAUAAACUGCAGAAUCUCAUGCAACAAUAUCCAUCUUCUUCUACAGCUGUUGGUAAAGAACAUAAGAUGCCGAAGAUGUUACGACUGGAAGUGCGAGACCGAUCCUUACCACUGAGAAGACGCAAAUCAUCACCGCGUAGACUCUCUUCACCGGUACAAUACGCAGAGAUACCAACACCUAUACCCUUAUCGGCUUUAGGCUUAAAGAAUACUAAUACUAAUACUACUGGGAAUAUUACUGCUGUUGCUAUUGAAGGUAUUGUGGAAGAAGUAAUCAUGUGGUUUAAUGCAUGGCAUACUCUUCAUAUGAAUCUUGUCCGACACGAUGCGGAUGCUAUUAAUCGUGCGAAACGACUUGAGGAUUUACUUUCCACCGCCAAUGAAGAGCGGGAUGCAUAUAGUGAAAAGAUAAACACUCUUAACGCAACAUUGUUAAAACAACAAACGGAGAUUGCGGCCUUACGUGCGUUACUGCAGACAUUACAUAUUGAUGUGGAUGAACUCAAUAAGGCAUUAUCGCAGGAACACAGUGCGGCUGCGGCGGCCGCUGCGGCUGCUGCUCAAAUGCGACGAACGGCUGGACAAACGGAAUUAUGUGAAAUGGCCGCAACGGAACUGCGACUGCGAGCAGAUGAACUUCAAUCAUUACGUGCAGAGUUCCCACGAUUACAAGUAUUGCGAGAUGCGGGACUGGCGGCCCGCAAAAGUGAAUUACUGCGGCGUGGACUGCGGGGAUUGUCGCGGAGUGUUCAAACCAUCACUGCCCUCCUGCAGCGGGAGAAUCGUUUUAACACCGGGACAUUAGAGACUCAGCGAUUAUUGUUGCUCGACACCGUGGCGGCGUUAACGGCGGAGAUUGCAGAGAUGCAGGAGACACUGCAGCAACAUGUGGAGAGAAGGAAGAUGAAGAGCAGUAUCCAAAAUCAUAUUAAUAGUAAUAAUAAUAAUAAUAAUAAUAAUAUUAAUGGUAUUGUGGUUCUAAAAGGGGAAUCGGCUGUGAUCGCUUCUUCGCGGGGUAUGUUGAGUGAAGAGGUGAAGUGA